CUGAUUAGCAUCUCUGCGUUUGAGCUUGUUUUAUGUGCGGAAUGUUUUUCUUUGAUUUUUUGAUUCCUGUCUGCGUCGGAGUUGUUACGGCACCCGAUUGAUGUGGACGUCUUUGGAUAUUAUGCCUUGCUAGGGCUUCUAUGUGGUCUUACAUGACUUGGUCUAUUGUGCAGGGCUUGGUGAUCUUUAGUGUUGUUGAUGCUUGUUUGAUUUUUGUGAAUGUGGAUUUAAUUGCGGAAGAUGAAGGAUUAUCUGGGAGACUCUUCAUCUGAGUGUUGCAUUGAUGUGAUGUGCUAACACUGUCAAGGACCUGCAUAUGAUAGCUUUCGUACACAAUCUUAUGGCCACCUGAGGCAUUGCUUACGGGUUAGGAGUGGAGAAUUUACGUACAGGAAAGGAUUAGUCGAAAUUGACAUUCUCUUGAAUCCAGGCUUUGUGGGCUGGGACGGCGCCGGCCAUCUAAUCCUUUUCCCGCUCCUCCCUCGAAGCCGCAGGACCAGAACGCAUCCGGUGCUGCGACGAUGGAAGUUGGGCCAUACACGAAGGUGGACACCCAUCUUCGUGGUUUAGCACAUGCAGCUGAAGGUUUUGGCCACAGUGCGAAGGGCGGUUUGGAUGGAGAAAUCUACCACGUUACCUCUUUGGCUGAUGAUGGACCAGGCACACUACGUAAUGGAUGCCGUAGUGAACAACCCCUUUGGAUUGUGUUCGACGUGUCUGGCACAAUUACUCUAUCGUCUUACUGCCGAGUUCGGUCAUGGAAGACUAUCGAUGGCCGAGGCCAAUGCAUAAGAAUCACUGGAAAGGGUCUACAACUGAAGGAUUGCGAGCACGUAAUCAUCUGCAAUUUGAUUUUAGACGGUGGUCGAGGUCACGACAUUGAUGGCAUACAAAUGAAGCCAAAUGUGAAGCAUGUCUGGGUGGACCGAUGCUCAAUAUCUGACUUCGACGAUGGUUGCAUUGACAUCACUCGGGCGUCUACUGACAUAACUGUGUCGAGAUGUCAUUUCAGUAAUCACGACAAGACGAUGCUGAUUGGGGCUGAUCCAAAACACGUGGAUGACCGCUGCAUUCGAGUGACAAUUCAUCACUGCUUCUUCGAUGGAACGAAACAACGCCAUCCACGCUUGCGCUUUGGAAAAGUGCACCUCUACAAUAAUUACACUCGAGGGUGGACAGUUUAUGCCAUCUGUGCUAGCGUUGAGGCUCAGAUUCUAUCGCAAUGUUGUAUAUAUGAAGCUGGUAGCAAGUUAAAAGCUUUUGAGUACUACCCUGAGAAGGCUGGUGACACGGGUUACGAGUCAGCAGGUAGUAUCCGGUCGGAAGGGGAUGUGUUUUUAAAAGGUGCCCAAGGGCGAGUAGAUAAUCCAGAUCAAGUCUUCCAGCCUCAGAAAUUCUAUUCAUCGUGGACACUUGAGGGCGCCAACGAUGCUCUAAUGAAGAAAGUAAAGAGUAUUGCUGGCUGGCAGAAAAUCUUGAGACCUCCUGAUGUGACGCCCGCCCACUCAAGCUCUUGAGAUAUUGUGCACAUUCGGUUUCAAAUACCCUGUAUUCAUUUCUUCGGCAUCCGAUCGAAUCUAGAAGCACAGAAAAGGUUGUUUUAACUAGAUGUCUCCACAAUCCCUUAAUCCCGCCACGAUGGACAGUUCAUGAACGAUGUUUUGGGGUUGGAAUUGUGUUGGCCUUUCUCAGCUCAGACAGAAGACACCUGCACGCUGUGGAAGAAAUUCCAGGAUGUAUAUUUAUUUUGUAGAAUAUGUGUUUUGGUCUGCAUCUAUGUUCUGUUGGAUAUUUGGCAUUUUACCUUCUUGUGUUCCAACAGGCACGAAUUUUUACCAGUUGAAUUGAAAUUAACCCUGCUUUUUGCUAUGGCAGUCUUCUCCUCUUUA